AUGACUAGCAACAACGUUUGUCACUGCGAGGUCGGAGAUACGGAUCCCAGAUUAUACCGAUGGCGUCCUUGUCCGGUACAUGGACUUGCUAGGCAGCCGCCAGCGCCGUCGUCAUUCCCACAAUCUAUCGAACAUUUGACUGGUCCUCCGUCGUUGUCUUAUUCCCGCUCCUCCAUUGGUUCGGACUCGACCAGGUCUUCGCCCCCGACACCCCCUCCUAAUGCACCACAUAGCUUUGAUGCACGCGACUAUGCUCGACAAUUCCAAGAGAGGUGUAGGCCAAAAUACGACAGUAAUCCUGUGGAUAAUUCAACUGCUCGUAGCGGCACCACUGUCGACAAAUCCAAAGCACACACCCCGAGCGUGUAUGAACCACAAGCGCGCAAACCUGGCCAUAGAGUUUAUGUUUUAGCACGAGAUCGCAAUAAACUCCCUGAAAUUUCCGACAAACCGCUAGUCCGUUGUCAACCAACGGAUAAAAUGAUCAAACAAAUAUAUUACGCGCAGCGGACGGGAUCCAAUCCCACCCAAGAGUCCCUGCCGCCCAGCAUCCUGUCCUGCUGGGGCGCUGGUCCCAGAUUCUGCUUCGAGCCUCAUGGACUCGCAAAAGCCUCUAAGAAAUUCAGCAGAGACAGAAAGAAGACCUGGUUUGCACCUGAUCCUAUUAACGAUCCACGCGAUCCAAUAAUCGAGCAGACAUCCCAGCGAACAAUCCAACGACACCAGCCUAUUAGAAGGCCCGGUCCUAGCCAUCUUUCAAAGCCAAGCGGGGCUCCGAAAUCAAUCAGACGUGAUCGGUUAGAAGAGCAAAAAGUGAAAGAGAGGCUUCAAUAG